UGUAGACCCCCAGCCCCGGACCCGCGUCCCCACGGUCCCGAACCAUGGGGGUGUUGAUGUCCAAGCGGCAGACAGUAGAACAGGUGCAGAAGGUGAGCCUGGCUGUGUCUGCCUUCAAGGAUGGGCUGCGGGACAGACCUUCACUCCGACGCACAGGUGAGCUGCCAGGUUCCCGCCGAGGCACUGUAGAAGGCUCUGUCCAAGAAGUGCAAGAGGAGAAGGAAGCUGAGGCCAGCACCCCGGUGCCCCAGGAAGAGAGCAGCAGCUAUCGUGCAGCCUGGGAGAGGCUUCGAGAUGGGCGUGGAGUGGAGCCUGAGGACUUUGACAAAGCCGGUCGUUUCACAGCCCCUGCCUAUAUCCGCCCCACCCGGAAGCUGGAUGAUGACAAGCCCCCAGAUAUCUCCUUGGAGCUCAGAGAAACUAUUGUCAAUGAUGAGAUGUGUGAUAUCUGUGAAGUCUGGACAGCUGAGAGCCUCUUCCCGUGCAGGAUCUGCACCAGGGUUUUCCACGAUGGCUGCCUGCGCCGCAUGGGCUAUCUCCAAGGAGAUAGUACAGCGGAGGUGACCGAGACGGCCCAUACGGAAACAGGCUGGAGCUGCCACUACUGUGACAACCUGAACCUGCUGCUGACUGAGGAGGAGAUGUACAGCCUCGCCGAGACGUUCCAGCACUGUAAAGUCAUUCCCGAUUGCUCCCUGACACUGGAGGACUUCCUGCGCUACCGCCACCAAGCAGCAAAGCGAGGAGACAGUGACAGGGCUCUGAGCGACGAGCAAGAAGAGCAAGCAGUCGGCCAGUUUGCCUCUCUGGACCCUGAACGUCGAGGCCACAUAGAGUGGUCUGACUUCCUGUCCCAUGAGUCCCUCCUCCUUCUACAGAAAUUGCGUCCCCAGAACUCUCUGCUAAGGCUUCUGACAGUCAAGGAGCGUGAGCGAGCCCGAACCACCUUCCUAGCGCACAGCAGUGACAACACUAUCAGCGAGGCCGAGUGCCAUCGUGCCCAGCAUUCUUGGUUCUGCAAACAACCUGCAGAGGCUGCUUCCUGCAGCGUCAGCAUCAGCCACGUGGGUCCCAUAGCAGACAGCAGCCCAGCCAGCAGCAGCAGCAAGAGUCAGGACAAGGCCCUUCUGCCCACAGAGCAGGAGUGUAGAUCUGUGGACUGGCCCACCUUCCUGCGGGAGAAUGUCAUUUACAUCUUGGCUGCGCGCCCCAAUAGUGCAGCCAUUCACCUGAAACCCCCAGGAUAGCAUGGAUCGGAGAAGCUCAGUCUGGCGACAGUGGCGUUCCCUCCCUCCUUGCCUUUCUCCCUCCCCCAGCCCCCACCCUCUGCCCUGAGACUCAUGGGAAUGGAGCACUGCCAGCAUCUCAAUUUGUCACUAAGCUUUAUGUCACUGAAGUCACUGUUCCCCUCAUCACAGAGGCAGUAAAUGUCCUGCCACAGGGAGAAGACCUAGGAGCUGUAGCAGCAUCUGCUCCUGGACACCCCACCCUCACGUUUCAGCGUGCACAGGCAUACAUGGAUACGCAGGCCUCGCCGCCACGCCAUCAGAGACCUGGGUCUUGGGUUGGAAAAGGACCAAAGUCCCUUUGUAAAACCCCUGGUGUGGCUAAAGGGGUGUCUGCUUCCCCCUUCUGAUGGCCAGUUCUGAUUUCCAGUUGAUAAAUCUCUGGCCAAAUGGUUCUUAAUGAGGGAACAUAGCAGACUUGUGUGUUCUACUAGAGAUGCAGACAUGCCCCCCCCCCCCCCAGUGCUGAUCCCCUCUGUGGCGAGCUGUUGUUCUGGUAGGUGUGUGGUUUGUCCCUUAGGAGUGCUGGGGUGUGAAAAUGUUUGAAAACCACCACUGCACUUCCCUCCAUUAUUUACUCAAGUUCUAAUGCUUGGUGACAGAGAAGGCAACUAGUCUGUUGAGUCUUAAUUAGAAAAGAGGGAGGCAGCACCUCCCAGGGAACCGGAAUUCUAGAUCCUUUCACCCAGGUCAUCCAAGUCCAGAAGUCUUUAGCACAAUGUGAGCCGUCCUGUUUUCCAGAGGGGUGCUCGUGGCCCAGAGCCCGAGGGCCCUGACUAGAACGCGUAGGGUGGCAGGAGUCCCUGCCCUCUGUGUUAGUGCUUCGCCCAAGUCAGCUGCCCAGGGAGCCAAAGCCCAAGUUUCAAUGAACACAAAGUGUGGAUGAAAGAGGAGAGAAGACACAUACUUUUCCAUCCUUCCAGCUCAACUCAACGGCAGACCUGGAAAAGCCUCCACAGCCCAGGAGAAAGCAGCACAGCGGAAGUCCAGAGCAGGGACCCCUCUCAGCCACCCUGCCGAUGAGAAGAGGCUGGAGCCAAGAAGAUUUGCAUCUUCGCUUUCUUGAGCAGAGAAAGUCCCAGCAAACACUCACAGGAGGGGGAGGAUUUUCUUUCUACAUGUCACUAAGAGAUGGUCUGAGUUGCUGCCUCUCCCUGCCACGCACUCCAUGGCCUUCCCCACCAAGCUAGGGCCCGGGCUCCGCAUGGGUGGAUUUGGGGGCCGAGCAGAUGCUGCAAGGGUGCCCAGCCUGGCCUCCAAGUCCCUGACCCCUUUCUAUAUUCACAUCAGAUUCUCAAGUCAGUGCAUCUUGUGGGUCCCCCUGGCCCUGGAGGCCUGGAGGUUUCUAUUUCUAGUCUAUCGACUUAGGCUUAGCCAGAUGUGACUACCUGACUUGACAGAGGGUGAGCUCAGUCCUACAGCAGCUCACAUACCCCCAGUGCUCAAGGCACUUGUACUAAAUUAGGUGCUGACAGAAGCAGCAUGCACAGUGUUGAGAUGCUCAGAGGAGAGGGGAGAGCUGCACCAGGAGUGUAUUAAGAGCACUGCGUGGUCUCCGCCUUUAGAAACUGCUUGACCUAGAAGCAGAGUAAGAAUAUUUCUGGGAUUGAAUUUUUCAGGCCUGAAAUGAAGAUGAUGAAGCUGGCUUCCUAUAUUUGGAUCUGAGCAUUUCAAAACCCACAGCUUUUUGUAAAUACUCCUUAACCAAACUCCCUAGUAUGAGGAACCGGUAUUCAGUCCAACCCUCCCCCCGCCCCGAAAAAGCAAGCAAGUGCAUUACUCUUGGGCGUAAGAACUGCAUCUGCAGCAGCCAGGUCUGGGGUUUGCACUGAGAUUAAAGCACGUUAAGCCCAGGGGCUCUUGUUUACUCUCCUGGAAAAUUAUCUUCUAUGCCAAUGGCCGUGGACUGCUUGAUCUCAUGGCCAGGGCAUUAUGAGUAGAGAUAAGCUCUGGGCUUUAAAAAUUGAAUAACUUUUUUUUUCCUCCUGCCUCAUCAGUCCAGCUUCUUGUUCCCUCCUCCUUCACAGAUCAAGGUGAUGCCUACCUCUUUAGAGCUACAGCUUCUAGCUCUCUGUGGGUGUGUGGAGAGACCACAGGCCAGAUCAGGCCAGCCACAUCCUAGGGUCUGGAAAAGCAGGCCCCAGAGUUCUUCCACAAGAGAAUCAGGCCCACUUGGGAUGACCUCUCUCCCUAUCCCAGCACAGCAAGCUUUUCUGGGAAGAGCCUUCCUGCAUGGGACACUGCCUCCAGCAAAGGCUAGAGCUCCACAGGGUCCAGGAAGGACAGACCUCACAGGGUCUAGGAAGAAGAAAGAGCAGAAAGGCACAGAAAAGCAACGGGCCUCUUCUUGUAGGCAUCUUCACUCAUCACCAAAGGAGAAGUUCCACUGCUCCCCCAGUCCCGAGCUGCAGAAGCCCCACCCAAGCCCCAUUCGGGAUCUCCCUUUGCAGCGCCCUAGCGCAGGGAGCCCCUCUGCAGUGAGUGUGGAUGGAGACUUUCAAACAUUGAUAAGCCCAGUAAAGCGCAUUUCCUUUCCAAGCCCUUCCAUCACUGUGCCUGUGGGAUUCUGCCCAUUAUAAAACUGAGUGUGUGAUUCUAGGGCGGGCAUGGGAAAACGUCUCUCUUUCUCCUCAGCUACCGAAAACUUGAAUCAUUGCACCACGCCCUGACCUGGAAAGACAGGGGUUACGUAGAAGCUCCUCGGAAGACCAUCUGCCCUGAGUCUGCUGUCCAUGCAGCAGUUGUUUUCCCCGUGCUUGCACUGAAAUAAGGACAUCCGGAAGACACAGCGGAGCUGCGGGGGUGCUGGGUCCACAGAGGCAGUGGCUGUGGCCACGUAACCUCUCCAGUUCUGCUCUGUGGCUUCCUUUUCUGGACCAGCUUCCCCAACAUGUGCAGGCUCUGGGUUUCGAGGGAGGCACCCGUGGGAUCCCAGGGGUGGAGCAGUUUCCUCACUCCUAGGUACUGACCCACUGUCAAGUGCUCUUCUCCCUUUAAGGACCUCCGUCACCAAAGCCAUGAGCAUGUUGCCUCUUCCUGCUUCCAGCCCAAGAGACUGGAGCUGCAGGGUAGACAUUAGCCUUUCUGGCCCUGGUGCUCCCUAUGGGUGUCACCCUGGCCUUGUUGGGCCAAAAUUGGGGAUCCCCCCGCUCCUACCACCAAUAGAGAAAGCACAGAAUCAAACUGCCUGGGGAAAAGCACCUCACAGGGGGCUGAGCUUAAGUGCCUAGGCCUCAGCCCGAAGCACAACCUCAACCAACAUGGGCCUCGUGGCUUGGUAAGAGUGGUGGCCGGGAGCCCUGCGGCCGAGAGGGAAACUCGGAAAAAGCUAUAGGGCCUGGGCCAGCCGAGACCCGACAGCCAAGGCUGAUCUCCAGGCAGGACAAAAUUAAGAACAGGCUCUGGCGAUCCUGCUAGAAUGUCCCCUUCAAACUAGCAGGGUAACAGCAGGUAAAUACUUGGCAUGAAAAGGCAAAACUACCUUAAUGCAGGAUAUCCUAAAAAGCACCGUAACCACAGACUCUUCACGCACACACCCGUUUCACGCACGCCCGUUGAUAAUGGGGUACAACUGCUGCUGUCCCCAUGCCGCUUAGUUUGAGUUUGCCCAGGAUUUCUCGCUGGACGCCCAGCGGCAGCCCAGACAACAUGAAUGCAUCAUGCCUGUUUCCUGCAGCUCAGCCCUGGGGUGGGACGGGGCUGGCCACUUCCCCUGCUCUUGCCCUCCUGCUGACACUGCUUUUGACUGCCUUGGAAGGAGAGAAAACUACAGAAUUUCUAAGCCUAGAAAUACUAGCCGGCAUUAGCACAGAAGAAAACCACCUUCCCUCUGGGCCACCGGCCCUAAAGGCCUGGAGGGUGGAGAGACGGUAAGGCCUGGUCCGGGCCGGAGACGAGGAAAGCGCACACUGCAGUUUGUAGAGUACUGAUAACAUGACCGCGGAUGAAAACACGAGGGUGGAAGUAGAAGGGCUUUUCCAUUUCGUGGUGAAACAGCCUUUAAGCUUCGUCUCCUGGAAGAGCUGGCCUGUGCGCUGUCUCCCGGUCUAACGCAGCCUUGUGGAGGUGGCUGGGCGGCGACUCGGGUGACAGUGGAGGGUGCAGUGCUCUCUGGUCCUCCCUUUGUCCCCAUGUGCUUUUCUGCGGAAGGUAACUUGACAGUAAGCUGAGGGGGGCCUCCCCAAGCCCUGUCUUCCCAUCAGUACAGCUGCAUGUUCCUCCCCAUGGCUCAGCCUUCAGAAGGAGCUGAUGCUCAUAAUAAAGAGAUG